AUGUCCUCCAAAAUGGAAAAGGAAACCAUGGAGAGGGAGUUGGAAAAGGCCGAUGUCACCCACGAAGAAGCCAUCCACCUCGCCGAGCUCACCGACGAUGAGAGACGCGUCGAGAAGAAGCUCCUCCGCCGCAUCGAUGCCCUCAUCAUGCCGCUCGUCAUCCUCGUCUAUCUGAUGAACUACAUUGACCGGAACAAUUACGCAGCGGCCAGACUACAGGGUCUCGAGAGAGACCUUAGUCUCAACGAUGCGCAGUACCAGACUGGUCUGAGUAUCUUGUUUGUCGCGUAUAUCCUUAUGCAGGUGCCGUCGAACUUGUUGCUCAACUAUAUGGGCAAACCGUCGUUAUAUCUCGGGGGCUUCACCACGGCGUGGGGUCUUGUGUCGACGUUGACCAGUCAGACGAAGAAUUACGGUGAUAUUGUGGCGUGUCGGUUUUUGCUUGGUUUGGUCGGUGCGUACUAUUUAACUGCCUCAUUCAAAGCCAUGACUGAUUCAAAAUAG